CUCAACUCUCAAUGCAUUCAUUUGUGUUAUCAUUGAUUCACUCAUUCAUGCAAUUCAUUAGUCACUCAAUCACUGAAACGAUAGACUAUUUAAUAGGACUUCGUUUGUAAAACACGUUUGCAUUGUCUCUCGUAUAACACAUCCACUGAACACGUGUUGUCUGCGAGAGCUGUGGACAGCAGUGACCGAUAGCUGGUCCGCGAUGGCCAAGAAUAAUAGCCGGCAAACGGGUGGUCAACAGUGUCCACUGCACAAAGUGAUCAUGGUCGGAUCCGGUGGGGUCGGCAAGUCUGCGCUCACACUCCAGUUCAUGUACGACGAGUUCAUCGAGGACUACGAGCCGACGAAAGCGGACUCGUAUCGCAAGAAAGUGGUUCUCGAUGGCGAUGAGGUGCAGAUCGACAUCCUG